AUGUCCUAUGCUGUCGGUUGGCGCUUGGUUGUCACUGAAAUCGUGACAACGGACGAACUCAAUGCAGUCCGCAUUCUCGUAUAUGAGAGGGUUUUCAGGCUGCCUGCGAAGGCUUGGGGCUUGGUUGUCACGAUCGCGCUCGGUUGUCACGAUCUGGUGCAACGGUCGCAGUUGAUGGUGUCCUCUCUUGACCUCAAGAUACUGCUCACCUUCACUGACAAGGAAAUAGACUUUCUGCAGAUCACGCAGCUCUCUAUGCACAGCUACCCCGAUGUGACCAUCGAGUAUAUACUGCUGCAGGAGCAGCUCACGAGAUCGCUCUCGCCGCAGAAUUUAGUCUUGAACUUGCACAUUGCGAGGCUGUAUUACAUCUUCAAGAAAGUGUAUCUUUCACACCCGCCUGCGUCUGGCCUGCACCCAACAGCAUGUACAUUUGCGCCUAAGAAGGAUGUAGAGGCACACGUAUAUGCAAUCCCAACGUCAACCUGGUCAGUUCGAAUUUGCAUACAACAGCGACUCGUCGUUCCCGCACCUCAAGAACUUAUAUUGAACUCGGGAGCUCCAACGCCCUCUGCUCUGAGUAACGAAACACAUCCACAGGAUGAAGCAGAUGAACGUACUCUUGUCCUUCUGAGACAAAGCGGCCGACCUUUCCAAGAUGGAAAGUCAUUCGUGGUUCUUCAGGUACCGCAGACGAGGAAACGUAGUUACAUUGUGGCGGAAGACCCAGAUGACGAAGGUACCUUGCCACAGUCCACACAAGUCUAUAGAAGCUGCAACUCUUCUCCAGCGAUCGUAUCAUACGUUCUCUAUGCCAAAGCAGGCAAGACGAGGCUCAAGAUAUGCAACGGAUUCUAUGGCUCACCAAAGAGUCCUAGCACUUUGUCGAUGGGAGGGCCGACGAGGGCUCGCUGUAGAGGUGCAAGAAGUCAGAGGGACUUUCUAGUGAUUAGGAAGAGUGCCACAAUUCGUGCCUCGUCCGUCGCGAAGUUGGCACUGCUUGGUUGGGCCUGGCCUUUUCUUCCCCUUCUCUCCCCCCUCCUAGGAUAUGUGAAUCUCCGAGGGAGAAGUACGUCUUGGGACGAAGUGCAUUUACCGCGGCAAUCGGAACUCAUGUCAUGGGCCAAUGGAGGAGGGAGUACAGUAGCAGCCGCAACAGCUCCAGGGACUGCAAGACGAGUGAUAAGGACUGCCUUGGAGGGGCUGGUUUCAGUAGAAGCCAUACCACUCCCACGAAAUGACGUGAGCUGGAUAAGCCAGCCAUUCUACAAAGUCACUGCAUGA